AUGGGUAUUUUCUCUGAUGUGUCUCCCACCACUUAUGAGCGUCUGCCGCAGCAUGAGCGAAUGGCUCGAGAUCUUGCUUCAGAGCACCCCCAUCAAGAUCCCUCUAUGAUGCUGCAUGAAUUGAUACAGUCGUUAGAUACACAAACCGAUUUGGUGUUUCAUGUAAUUUCCGCUGAGAGUGUGCCUGUUGUUCGUCGAUUAGUUAAGUUUCUAGAUGAUAUACAACUCAAGGAUUCUGCUACUGAGGUUCUCUUAAGAAUUGUCUGUGAUCCUCACUCACGGAAGUUUCUUGGGUUAGUCAAGGAGUUAGUGAGAGGGAAUCGCCUGGCUGCCUUGGCACUUGAGAUUGUUGCUACUACUUAUCUAAACCUUUGGCAUGUCCUUGAGCAUGAGGAUUUUCUCGAGUCCCUGGGUCAGUUGAAAAAAGAUGAUCCUCUUGACAAUCAGAAAAUAACCGCUCGUACUCUAUUGAAUUUUUAUCAAGACAAGUAUAAACCUGCAUUUAAGCAGGUGAAACCAGCACUCAGAGCUCUUCAUACCCUUGUCUAUUCAGAGGACGAACAAGUGCUAAUAAUUGCAUGUGCGACAAUUUAUUACCUUUAUGCUCCCAACGAUGACUAUAACAAUCUUCAAGGAAUCAUUGACUCCGAUGAUGACAGUCUUCAAGAAAUCAUUGACUCCGAUGAUGACAAUAUUCAAGAAAUCAUCGACUCCGAUGUUUGUCUGAGGCUGGUUGCUCUACUCGAGAAUGAGUCUUCUUCAGUCUUAAGUCUUGCCCUCCGUUGUGUUGGAAGUAUUGUUUCUGAUGUCAGACUCGGACCCUCAAUGCAGAUCUCAACUAUCUAUACAGUAUGGGAUAUGCCAGAUUUUAAAGAAUAUCAUUGCACCAGGAACAGUGAGCAGAUAAAGGCUGUAUUUGAUGCUGGAUUAACAGAACUUCUUCUCAAGUUUCUUGAUUCUGAUAACCUUCAAGUUUUGCAUUGGGUUGCCUGGACAAUUUCAGAUGCUUUUGAGAAUGGGACUGCUGACCAGAUAAAGUUGAUGGUGGAGAAGAAAUUCAUAGAACAUAUGUCUGGUUUACUAGACCGCGGGUGUCCACUUAUUAUCACUUGCGCUACAAGAGGAUUAGUAUAUCUAAUGCGUUUUGCACAACUGUCUGGAGACACUGAUUAUUAUGCUGAGCGUAUCAAACAAUGUGAUUUAGGGGACAAGGUUAAACUGGCUAAGAGGAAGUUCAACCACCUCAGAAGCUUUUGCCCAAUGGAUGAGGCCUCCGUUUUAAUCAAGUACUUAUAUGGCAAUAACUCUCCAUCCAAGUCAAAGCAAGUACUUAUAUGGCAAUAA